GCGCUUUUGGUGCAUACUAUCGCAAUGUGAUACAUACAGAUUGGAAAGGCGCAAAGAAUCAGUUCUUUUAUAUUUUGAUACAGAACUUAUGAUUAAAUUUUCUAUUCCUAGCGUUUCAUCAGCGACAGUGGAUUGCUAUGGAGAAAGGGCGUGGUUACUGUUUGAUACUGUUUACGCUCGCAUCUUUGGUGGUGUUGACCAGCGAAUCAAAUCCGACGGCACUCAAGCUAUUAAGAAGUCUGUGGAAAUACAGUUGUGAGGAGCCACAAAUGGAACCAGUGGGGGACUGCACCGCAAAUAUAAACAAAUACUUCUUCAACAAAACCGCGAACAUGUGUCAAAAGUUUUACUGGAAUGGCUGCCUUUCCAGAGGCGUGUACGAAACACGCUACGCAUGCGCACUCAAUUGCAACGAAGGUGAAGCAGCUGCAUUCUGUGCAAAACCUCACCCUGGCGGAUGCGAGACUAGAAAGACUCGAGGCUGGAGACAACGAAACUACGAAUUGGAUGCGUUUUACUAUGACAUAAGUUCGAGGGCGUGCAAGUCUUUUAAGUUCUGUGGGCCCCCAGCACCACCAGACUCAAACUUAUUCACCAGCCUGUCGAUGUGUCUCAUGGAAUGCGAAGGAUUUCCCUUCGGAGAAUAGGAGCCACAGCACAGGUUUUCUCCAACUGCCUUACCUGAACCAAGUCGUUCAAGUGCUCUCUAAUAAUAUACGUACAGCCGGUGUAUUCAGCAUUGUUUUACAAAACUUACCUGUGCGGACAUUUUCACAACUGUUUACCUGGGCGUG